GUACCGUCCGGAUCGCAGUUUGUCGCGAGUUAACAUCGAAGCAAACAAUUUUUUUCACAUCCCAUCCUACACUUGAAAUCGUUGCGGUGUGUGAUUUUUCAAUUCAGUAUUCAUUGGUGUGCCGUAAAGAUUCGGAGAAGAGAGCCAAAUAAAAUACAACCAUGAGCUCAUCGCAGUACUAUCCAUUCCAAUGCACCCCGACGGUCUACCCGGCCGAUCCGUUCGACGCCACCGAGGAUGCCGCAACGUUGCGCAAGGCCAUGAAAGGUUUCGGAACCGACGAGAAGGCCAUCAUUGAAGUUCUGGCUCGUCGUGGAAUUGUGCAGCGUUUGGAAAUUUCACAGGCUUUCAAGACAGCCUACGGCAAGGAUUUAAUUAGCGAUCUGAAAUCGGAACUGGGCGGCAAAUUCGAGGAUGUUAUUCUGGCUUUGAUGACUCCGUUGCCACAGUUUUAUGCCAAGGAGCUGCACGACGCCAUCUCUGGUAUCGGUACCGACGAGGAAGCUAUCAUCGAGAUUUUGUGCACCCUGUCCAACUAUGGCAUUAAAACUAUUGCUGAGUUUUACGAGCAACUGUAUGGUGUCUCGUUGGAAUCCGAUCUGAAGGGCGAUACCAGUGGAGCAUUCAAGCGUUUGUGUGUCUCGCUGGUUCAGGGUAAUCGCGAUGAAAAUACUGGUGUUGAUGAAGGUGCAGCUGCAGCUGAUGCCCAGGGUUUGUUUGACGCCGGCGAAGGCCAGUGGGGAACAGAUGAGUCCAUUUUCAACCAGAUUUUGGUCACCAGAUCGUACCAGCAAUUGCGUGCUGUAUUCGAAGCCUACGAAAACCUCGCUGGUCAUCCGAUCGAGGAUGCUAUUAAGCGUGAAUUCAGUGGCGCCGUCGAGGAAGGCUUUAAGGCCAUUGUACGUUGUGUCCGAUCGAAGGUUGCAUACUUUGCCAAGCGAUUGCAUCAUUCGAUGGCCGGACUGGGAACCAACGAUAAGACGUUGAUUCGUAUUAUCGUUAGCCGCUCCGAGAUCGAUUUGGGCGACAUCAAGGAAGCUUUCCAGGAGAUGUACGGAAAGUCGCUGGAAUCAUGGAUUAAGGGCGACACAUCGGGCGAUUACAAACGUGCUCUGUUGGCCAUUUCCGGAUAUGUGUAAACCGCAGAGUCCUACCGAACAGACCGAACACACAAAUGCUAUUGUUGUUAAUGGAUGGCUUGCGAUGAUUUAUUGUUUGCAACUUGCAACGAAUGGGCGACCUUUUUUUUCUCUUAAUUUGCACCAACAUCACCACACGACCUGUUUUUGGGGUCGACACGACAGCCUUAAUAAAAAUGCCUUAUUCUCGAAAUAUUCACCAUGUUCAGCAAUAACUUACUACGUAAACGGAGAUAUAACGAACUCAGACUUAGCAUGUACGACAUUGCAAAUUUGUUUUCUAUUUAAAUAAUGUUAAGCCGAGAGAGCGAAAAUAAAAUGUUGCGAAACAAUGCCAUUUU